AUGUCGACGUACGCUCCGCGCCAUUCCCCUUCCGCCUUCUCCACCCCCGCAUCCACCACCCUCUUUCGCCGUCUCACAUGGGAGGGAACCGUUCCCCUCGAGGUCCGCGUUGAUCCCAAGGAGCUACCAGCCAACAGCGACCGCGGACUCGAAUGCUACUUCAUCCAGGCUCCUCGCGUCAGCUAUCUGCCCCUCCUUGUUCCGGAGAUCAAACGUUUCCUUACAGACGUCGUCUUUGACGAGGCCGCCGCACGCCUGAUCAAAGAGGAGGAUUGGUGGUUUGAGAGCGAGGACGGAAGUCUGCUCAAGUGGCAUUGGCCUAUAGGCCUCAUUUACGACAACCACACGAUCGCGUCCUCCGUCCGCCCGUCCGCCGCGCCUCCACAAGCGGUGCCACUGCGUCUCGUCCUGCAUCUCGCAUCUCCGCCAACAGACAAGCUAUUGCUGUCUCCAAGCGCGGACGCGUGCAAGCAGGCAUUUAUGGGACAAAUGAAAGAGGCAGACUUCUUCCGAUGGGGGAACACGAAGAGAAUGACUGGCCUCAGAAAGGCCGAGCAGGAUGGUUUGUGGGAGGGCAUUAAAGAACACAAUUUUGACGAGUACUGGCGCGUGGCGUCUAAGGUAACCCCUACCACGACCCCCAUGCGGUCGUACUCACCACCUCCACCGCCCUCCUCCGCGUCGCUGCACACCCGACCACCGUCUGCAGAUCCAGGUUCCAAUGGUGGUCCCGAUCGUGACGGCGCAUACAAUGUCCGUAGCGUGCCCGUACGGAUAUACCUUCCAGAAGGACCCGUUCUCCAAGAUCUUGUGCUGCCUAUGCUGGAAGACGGCUCGACCCACACGUUGUCGCACUUCCUCCACACGCAUUUACCCCUUCUCUUCCCAUCGUCAGACCCAUCAGCUCAUCAGAAUAGCCUUGCAUACGCUCUUGUGCAGGGAGUGUUCGCUCCUUCGGAUGCCGAAAUGGCGUGGUUGGGGGCAUGCAUGGCAGGCGCAGACGGAUGGGUAAACGUGUGCGUAGGGCUAUUGCGGGAAAGCCAUCCACGGCCUCGACCUUCAUGA